AUGUUAGAUGUCCAAACACUUCUCCAUCCGCAUUAGAGAGCAGCACAGUCGAGCUACUAGUUCUUUAUCAGUAUCGUUCGCUGCUCACGGUUCGCGUAACCUUUUAACUAAUGGCGAGUAUUCGUAAAAAGCUGGUGGUGGUUGGGGACGGGGCAUGUGGUAAGACGUGUCUGUUAAUCGUCUUCAGCAAAGAUGAAUUCCCAGAGGUUUACGUGCCCACUGUGUUUGAAAACUACGUGGCGGACAUCGAAGUGGAUACCAAGCGAGUUCAGCUGGCUUUAUGGGACACUGCGGGACAGGAGGACUACGACCGCCUGCGGCCCCUGUCCUAUCCGGACACCGACGUCAUCCUCAUGUGCUUCUCGGUGGAGAGCCCGGACUCUCUGCAAAACAUCCCGGAAAAGUGGGUGCCGGAGGUCAAACACUUCUGUCCUAACGUGCCAGUCAUUUUGGUGGCGAAUAAGAAGGAUUUGCGGAGCGAUGAGAAUGUGAGAAGUGAGCUGUCGAAAAUGAAACAGGAGCCCGUGAGGACGGAGGAUGGACGCGCCAUGGCUGCGCGCAUCGGAGCGCAUGAUUACAUGGAGUGCUCUGCCAAAACCAAAGAAGGGGUUCGGGAGGUGUUUGAAACCGCUACUCGAGCAGCCUUACAGAAGAGAUCCAGACCGCCCACUGGCUGUUUGAAAUGCUGCCUGUUGAUGUGAAUUAUUUAAUGAUGCUGAAAAGUCAUAAACUUCAUGAUGUCAUGAAAAGUCAGGUUCGAACCUGUAACCUUUCGGUUAUCAGCGGAUGAGCUUACAAUGCCAGAGACGAUUGUAAAUUUGGUGUUUGCUUUUGUAGGCAAUAUUUCAAAGCUUUUUAAAGUCAUAAGAUUCACCUUAAAGAAGAGAUCCAGAUUGCCCACUGGCUGUUGAACUGACUGAUGUAUAGACAUUAUGGCACAAGGGUCAAAACUAAAGGAAUUGCUAAUGGAGUUUAUAUCAUCAUUUGGAACUAAUCUCAAAAGAACUGAAUAAGAAUUCAGUAUGAAUCAAAUAAGAUUAUGCUGAUAUUUUGUUUCCAUGUUCAUUGGUCACUGAAUUAAAAUGCACUUGUGUUGUAUUGAUGCAGGUACUCUCUCAGAACUUGAAAGUUCACCUGUGUUUUAUAUGACAGCUGAGCCUUGUUUUAGAUGUAUGCCACCAUCAAGUGUUGAACACAAUGUUAACAGUAAAUAUAGCACUGUAAGGCAAAUUAUCUUUGCCCUGUUGUGCCAUUUUCUUUGUGUUUAUUUAAAGUUUCAAAAGGCAAAAAAUGGCAAACAAUAAUUGAAAGAGAGCAGUCUAUAUACUUGUAUAUAGUGUAUAUACUUUUUCUCAGGCCAUCCUAAUAUAACAUGUCAAUGUACGUUUACAGGAACCAAUUACUGGACAUGUCUUGUAUUCAGUUUGUUACUGUGUUGAAUAGGCCUCAACUGAACCAUUUCAAAGCUUUGAAUAAAUUAUUUUGUUCCGAUUAAUGUGACAUCGUUUGCUGCUUUUAAGUACAACGUAUUUAUGGGAUUUAUAAGUUAGUGCCAUUGAAUUUUUAGCAACCAUAGCAGGUGAAAAUAUUUCCUCUCCUUAAGGCUUCACAUUUUGGUCCAUUUGAAUCCAUGGGCGGUUUUGCUUGUGAAUGACACUUAUAAAUAAAGAUAUAUUUU